AUGGAAGGGAGUUCCAGAGGGUUACUCCCAUCAAAACGUCAGAAAUUCACAACGCUACCAGCACUGACACCUGCAAGCCGAUCUGGCGCUGCAGCCAAUGUUUGGAAUCAAGAAGCAGAUGAGGAGGCAGCUGUAGAGACAGACUAUAAAAUAGAACGUCACCGCUAUGCCAAGUUAGUGCUGCAAUACGCUCAACGUUAUCAGCAAUUUACCUGUGUAGAGCUUUUUGUAGAGACGAUGUUGCAAGAUCUUACCCCGCAAAGUGGAGUCACACCGCUUAUCCGAGCUGUAGCAGCAUCCUGGGCAAUGAAACUUCUUUGUAAUUCAACCAAUAGACGAGUUAUGGAAGCCUUAGUGGAUGCAUUGUUUCCUGCUAUUUACCGUGACUACAAUGAACAGAAGUUAGAUUACGCCCCAGCUGCAAUACAAACUUUCGUCAAUGAUCGAAAUCUUAUUCGAGACAAUCCAUUUUUCUCUCAUUCUACCUAUGUACAGGAACUCAACGCGAGUCUCUUAAAGAUUGAAGUUCUUUCUAAAGGACUUCAUCGUUCACUGUCAACAAACGGAAUUUAUAAGAAAUUUACUAUCUUACUUCUUGAGUAUAUUAAUAAAGAGAGAAAAAAGAAAGCCUUUUUGGCGUGGCGUACCUUCACCAAAAGACGUCGUGUAGAGGAUAUGCUUCACCGUAAUGUGAUGCAACGCCAUAAUAAAACUGUGCGAGACUCAUGCCUUCAGGCCGCCUUCUUUAAAUGGAAGACCGCUGUGGAAACUUCACGUACAGAGUACCUCACGGAGCGACUGCAUCAAGCGGCAUUUCAAUUAGAAGGUGCCAAAAAUCAAUUUCAGAUGCAGUGCUUUCGGGCAGAUAAGUGGCAGCUUGGUUAUGAACAAGGUCAAGAAGAUCUUAAUUUAGUUAUUGAAGAGCGUGAUGCACUACAACAAAAAGUUGAAGAACUCAGUGCAACACUAAUUCUAAAAGAGAAAGAGCACCAAGAACGCAUGGUGGCCCGUAUUCAUGAAGUUCUACUUCUCGUUCGAAGGCAACGAGAGACUCUUAAAAGGGUGAUUGAUUCACGUUUCCGAGCUGAAGACCUUACUGAGACUUGGUUCAAUGAGGCACUUGCUGAAUCUUCUAAAGAGGCGACAAAUGUAGUGAAUGGAGGUAAUGAUAACAGUAGCGGAAGUAGCAGUAGUGGUAUUCAAACACAAGGUCAUGUAUUUCUCUUAAAAUGGUGUAAUUACAUAUUUGCAAAAGAGCAAACGAAAAAACCACUUGAAGUUUCAAAUUUUGGUUCAGAUUUUGCGAAUGGUGAAGCAUACUCCAUUCUGCUUCAAUAUGUUUUUACAACAUGUCAAGCCAAGCCACCGAAGAGUGUAAGCAAUUCUACUUCAGAGAGAUUGCGAUGGGUUUGCAAAGUUGCUGAAAGCACACCACUUGCUAUUAUCCUGCAACCGGACGAUUUUUACCACCAGCGAGAAGACAAAAUUGCGGCAUCGAUUGCGGAAAUAUUUUCCUAUCAUGUUAAUGAAAAGAGAAUGACGUUUGCCAAUGAGGCUUGUUCUCUUGUUACCCAAGUGGGGUUAACACCAGAGUCUAGAAUGUCUGUUUUUGAGUCUGAUGAUAUUCCACAGGAUGAAGAUACCCUUAAACAAAAGGUAGGAGAAUGGAAUGGAGAACUAGAAGAAUGGGAACAAGAACUACAUAAUGGUAUUUUAUGUGAGAGAAAUCUACAGCACUGCAAUAUCACCGUUACACAAGAGAGUGCCUGUAUUGUUCGAGAAAGAAGUAAAGGGAAACCUUUUUACGUUAUAACGUCAAAAGCAAGUUUACUAUUUCUUAAACUCAAUGUAAAAAGUAUGGAAGACCUUCGAACCCGGUUUAAAUUACCAAAUGUUCAAGCAUGGAAAACAUUUCUACGUGUGGCUCUAAGAAGUAUUUUAUGGAAAUAUGUGCACCUCAUCACUUGUAUUUUUUAUCACUUUGCUGGUGUUGACGCCCGGCAAAUGAGUGAGGUGCAGUUUUGGCGUUUCGCUGAAGAAACAGAGUUAUUAGUUAUUCCUUUAACACCCCUAGUGGUGGCGCAAAUGUUUGACACGGUCGCAUCACCUCAAUUGGCAGCAAUGCUUCGUGCAAGUGCGAAAGAUGAAAAAAGCGCAACGUUGGCAGAGGCAGCACAAGAGGAAAUUGAUAUCCGUUUUGUCAAACCUGCUCAAUUCACAGAAAUUCUUGUGCGAAUGGCAGUGACACGUUUCUCCGGUGGAUUGCUAGAGGUGACAGAGAGAUUUCUUGAUUCAUUGCAAUUUCCAUCUAUAGUAGAUAUGCCAUCUCCAACCCUUUCCUUCUAUGGACCAGAACCACAAAAUGUUGUCUCAUAUUUCCAGUCUGACUUGUCGCGGAUAUUUUUCUUCUAUAUGAAACAACAGUUAAGUGGAACCUUGUCGGGGCGAUCACGUAAAUUUCAAGGAUGUGGACGUUUCAUGGCACACCUGUAUCAUACAACCUAUUUAAAAAUGUUCGCUGAUUGUGAUUUUCUCAUUCUUGAUGGUGAACUUGAACAAGUUAAUGGACAUAGUGGAUAUCAAAGGAAGUUACACUUUAUGGCCGCGGACGAAGUUUUAAAAAUGUUGGAAGUUAUACAGAAGCGAGUCCCGUCUAUUCCACAGGGAGAAAUAUGUUUUUCACUUUUUUUGGAAUCUUUCGGUGUGGCUUGCACAUAUUGGUGGCCAGAUCCAAUGGUACCUCUAUCACGGAAGCUAGCCGCGUUUCUAGUGGCUUUCAUCGAAAAGCUGCGUGUAGUACAUGCACGCAGUACACUAGUUUUAGGAGCUCCACCCUUUGUUGAUCUUGAGGGUGGUGAACGUGUCGAUUUGUCUCGAUAG